AUGCCGCCCCGUGUUGGACCUCGGGCGGGCCAGGUCGCCGGAUCUCAACAAUGCCUCCGCACAACAAUCACUGGUAGCAAUGCUCGCCAAUCUGUAUCAGGACAGCGCGACUUUUCCCAAUCAUCUGGUCAACAAUUCCAGGUGACAUGCAAGAAUGACACGCGUCUUCGCCGCAACAUGUUUUCCUGGUUGAACGGACCUGGUCGCGUGUUCCGUGAACCUCUCCAAGGCUCGACUAACUACCUGGGUGCAUACGACAGAAGUGGGAACUUGCUCCGCCUGAGAUACAGUGCAGAACAGGAGAACGAGGAUCAGGAGAAGGUUGAUGAGUCCAAGCUCAGUGAUGAAGAGAAGGCCAAGUACAGGGAAGAGAAGGAGAAAAAGGAAGCAGAGGAGCGAAACAAGAUCCCGAAAGAAAGAGCAGCCGAUCUCCGACCAUACCCGUUAAACACCGAUUUCCGCAGUCAGUCCAUCUUGAGUGAGGAGUUGCGCGAUGAAAUCUACAAGAAGAUUGUUGAUGAGAAGGUUGAUCUGUCGACUGUCAGCGCUCUGUACGGUGUCGAUAUGCGCAGAGUGGCUGCUGUUGUCCGUCUGAAGACGAUUGAGAAGAACUGGAUUGCAGAGGGCAAGAAGCUGGCUACACCAUACGCCGAGGCAGUCAUGCAAAUGGUGCCACAGACACAUUUCAGCCGCAAGCUCCUUGAAGACCCCAAGAAGACAUUCUCACACGAGUCGAUCAACGAUCUCCCUGUCCACCCAUACACACGCACACAAAUCUUCUACCCGACAUCAGAGUCGCGACAAUUUACUCGUGAAGACGCGGCAAAGGUCUUCUCACCCACCCUCCUGUCUGCCGAUGAGCGGAUACCUCUGUCCGACUUGAUCGAGAUCGAGAGGGAUGCUCUCAACGAAGUGCCGCGUGAGCAACGCACACAGCGUAUUCGUGAGCGCACCGAGGCGAAGCUCCGCGCAAAGCAGGAGAAGGAACGCAAGAGGCAGGAGUGGGAGGCCAGAAACGUCAAGGUCGUUAGCAACCAGCGCUGGAACUUCCGCUUCCAGAGCAUCAGUGUCGAGGAUGCAGGCAAGGACGGUCGCGGUAGACGCGGAGUUGGAUGGAGAUACGGAAACCCUCACCACGACCGCGAAAAGGGCGAGAUCAAACUUCCCACGAGCGUCGAAUAG